GCCUUGAAGUUUUUAAGAGGUUCCACGAAUACUUUCCUUUUUUUUCCCUUUCCCCAUUCAGUGUCGGACUAGGCCAAGACCAGAAACGCAGCUUUAAGUCAGACCGUCGGCCGCUCGUUGAGCCGACGCGUAAAAUCGAAGCAACGAUUUAGCGCGGUGGAGCUCGGAAAGUCGGACCGCUUUCGCAGCUGUAAGUGGUUCGGCGGCCUUCCUCUGGGCAAUCUCGGGUCGCAAAAUCUCGUGCUCUGGGUUUUGUGUUUGGAGGCUAAAGCUCGGAACUUUACCUACUAAAGAGACGCAGCUGGAAAGAGGGGUAGGGCUCCGAUAAUGGCGAACUCAGCCGGGCAACCGAGUCGAUCGCGGGACUUGGACAAGCUCCUUCUCAGGCCAGGAAAUCUCGUCGGCGAGAACUUCGAACCGGGUCAGCAAUUGAGGGAUGAUCUUCGGGAGUAUGUUCGAAUUUUGGUGGUGGGUGCGGGUGGAUUGGGCUGUGAGCUGCUCAAGGACUUGGCUCUUUCCGGUUUCAAGAAUCUAGAGGUUAUAGACAUGGAUAGAAUUGAGGUUACUAAUUUGAAUCGCCAAUUCCUGUUCAGGCUUCAAGAUGUUGGUAAGCCGAAGGCAGAGGUGGCAGCCAAGCGUGUCAUGGAAAGAGUUAGUGGGGUGAAUAUUGUGCCUCAUUUUUGUCGAAUUGAGGACAAAGAGAUCGACUUUUAUAAUGAUUUCAGUAUUAUUGUGCUUGGUCUUGAUUCAAUAGAGGCUAGAAGCUAUAUAAAUGCAGUUGCGUGUGGUUUUCUUGAGUACGAUUCUGAUGACAAUCCACGGGAAGAGACAAUGAAACCUCUUGUAGAUGGUGGCACUGAAGGUUUUAAGGGUCAUGCCAGAGUUAUUUUGCCUGGGACCACUCCAUGCUUUGAGUGUACCAUCUGGCUGUUCCCCCCUCAAGUCAAGUUCCCUCUAUGCACUCUUGCUGAGACCCCUAGAACAGCUGCUCACUGCAUUGAGUAUGCUCACCUAAUUAAGUGGGACGAGGCGCACAGUGGAAAGUCAUUUGACCCAGAUGAUCCUGAGCACAUGAAGUGGGUCUAUGAUGAGGCUGUGAAGAGGGCAGAGCUUUUUGGCAUUCCAGGUGUUACAUAUUCUCUCACUCAGGGAGUUGUGAAAAAUAUCAUACCAGCCAUUGCUUCCACGAAUGCAAUUAUAUCAGCUGCAUGUGCACUCGAAACUUUGAAGAUUGCAUCAGGAUGCAGCAAAACACUGUCAAACUAUCUAACAUACAAUGGUGUGGAAGGCCUGCACAUUAAGGUGACUGAAUUUGAGAAGGACAAGGACUGUCUUGUUUGUGGUCCAGGUGUUCUUAUCGAGCUGGACGCUUCAGUUACUCUUCAAAAGUUCAUUGACCUGCUCGAGGAACAUUCAGUACUCCACUUGUCGAAAGCAAGUGUGACACACAGAGGCAAGAAUCUGUACAUGCAAGCACCACCAGUUCUGGAAGAGAUGACCAGAUCAAAUCUAAGCUUGCCACUAUACGAGCUCAUGGGUAAAGUUCCAAAGGACAUUUUGCACGUUACUGGUAUGACCAUUAAGGAUGAUAAAAAGACCUCAUGCCUGAGGAAACUGCGCAUUGUUUUCAAGGGGAUCGAUGGAGUUACAGAUGUUGACAUGGCCGGCGGUGCAUAAAGCUGCAGAAGCUAAUAGCAGUAGAGUGAUGAAGAAGGCACCUUACUGUCGUCAAUCAACCCGUAGAAUUGUUUUUGAUUAUCCCCCCAUGAGAGGGUUAUUAUGUACAGCGGAGGAAGCUCGGGUGGACAACUUUAGCUUCUAUGUCAAUUUGAUGAACCUUUUUUUUUCUCGUCGAAAAUUUCAUCAUCACAUGCUGUUGCACAUGGUAAAGAGCAGUCUUUUCAGUGGAAAAUGUCCUCUGACAAAGUGAGGGAAUUGUUUGACAUGCCAUGGAAUUGAUUGAGAAGUAAAGCCGAAUUCCCCUUCUUCACUAUUCCAUUGUGUUACAGCUCAAACAUCAAUC